UGAAGCCGAAGCAGCAGCCAACCAACAGCACAGCAAAGCUGAGUCGAUCGUGUUCCGAGCUGGCAGGCAGUGAUUUUGAUGGACUUGGAAGUGGUGAGAAGAGAAGAAGAAAAAAGUUUUCGGUUUUGAAAAGUGGUGAGCCAAAUUGGGACCGAGUUUUUUGCGUUUUCUGGUUUAGUUUUGGCCUGGUCGGUGUUUCGGUGUGUACUUCCGGCAAGUUCCGCGUCCGAUUGCGCCCCCGGAAAGCGGGUUCCGGUUCUCUUUUUUAGUUGUUCCAAAUCGAAGAAAGCGAAAAAGUAGAAGAAGAGCCGUUUUGCGAUUGUGUGUGGAAAAACGGGGUUUCUUUUUGCGCUAGCGGACGCUUUCUUUGUGGAAAAGUUUGUUCCGGAUUUUCCGACGCUUUUCGCGGGACCGCGAGAACCGAAGCAACCCUUGGGUCCGGUCCGGAAAAGCACCUUCAUCGGCAGAGGGAAAGAGAAAAAAAGCAGAAAGAAAACGAAGAAAGCAGCAGAUCCAAGCAAACAAGGAAAUUACUUCGUCGUUCCGUUUUUUUUCCUCUGUGCGUGUGUGUGUGUGCGCGUUUGUGCGAAAAAGAAGCAAAGAAAAGAGCCAACAAGAAAAAGAAGAUCGAAACGAAAACAACAACAACUUGAAGCAGAAGCAGCAGCAGUCUAGCGAAAAGGAAAAAAACAAUCCGCGGCCUACUUCGGGUUCAGGACAGUGUUUGACAGUCGGUCGGCGUCGCCCAGGGGGACAGAACUUUGUGUGUUUUGUUAUUUGUUGACACCCAGGAGCCGGACAAGACGCAGCAUCCACCAAUGUCAACCGUGUCAGAUCAGCGGAUGAAAGGACAAGGAAAUCACGGUUAUGGUUAUGGCUCGCAGCAGACGACAACGACGAACAACAGCAGCAGUGGCAGUGCUUCGUUCCAGUAUCCUCCGUUCAGCGGCGUAGGAGACGCCCCGGCCUGGUCCAAUGGAACCGACAGUAUCGCUAUAAUAGGUGGAAAUGAUUACAACAACUCAUGGGGAUCGCAGCAAAUGAACCACGGUCACGCUGGUGCUGGUGCCACCGGAGGAGGAUACUCGCAGAGAAAGCCGUACGAUGACAGUAGCUAUCAACACCGGAAUCAUCAGGGAGGAGGAUAUCACCAGGGUCACGAUGGAAUUAAGAAUGUCGAACAAGGAAUGCAGGGAAUGGGCCUCGGUGGCCGAGGCGACCGCGACGUCGGCAACCAUCACGGCAACUCGUCCUCGGCCCACGGUCGCGGCGGCGGUGCCCUAUCCAAAUCAGACCAACAUCACCAGCAACAGAAGGAAGCUCCCAAAAAGAUGACCUGGGCGUCGAUCGCGUCGCAGCCGGCUAAACCGCAAGUGAACACCACGAGUACCACGGUGAAGAAGAAGGGAAUGGCCCCACCGCCGAUGGUUCCGGGCAAGCACAACAUGGACAUCGGAACGUGGGACUCCCCGUCCAAGAAUGGGCCCGGGGCCGCGAUGGUCCCGACGCCGACGCCACCUCCGAUCGUACCGCCGCCGGUGAUCGAACCGUCGCCGUUGGCCGAACCUCCGGCACCGGUUAAGGGGGCGAACCCGAUGGGUGGCAAUCACCAUCCGCAGCAGCAGCAGCAGCAGCAGGCGCAUCAUCAUCAGCAACAACAGCAGUAUCAGCAACAUCAUCAGCAUCAACAACAACAGCAACAGCAAAACAUGGGACCACCUCCGGGAGCGCAAAACACCCGUUGGCCAACGAUUGGCCAAGCGCAGAAUCCGCCUCCGGCACCAUCGCAACAGCAGAACCAAUCCGGCGGAAUGAUGACUCAUCCGCCGCAGCAGCAGCAGCCGCGUCAAGAUCAUCGUCCGUAUCACCAACAACAACAUCAGCAGGGUGGUCCGCAAAACAACCGAAACAACUACUCGGGGCCACCUCCGUCGUACCAUCAUCAGCAGCAGCAACCGCCUUCGAUGCAACAACAACAGCCACCGCCGCAGCAUCCUCGCCAGAGCCAGAAUCAUCACGGAGGACCACCUCCGGCGCCGGUGCAUCAUCAGCAGGCCGAACGCGGAUCGUACCAACAACCGCCUCCGCAGGCACCUCCGCACCGACAGCCGCAAGCUCCUCCUCCCCAGCAGCAGGAUCAAGUGGACCGCGUCCGUGGAAACGGACCAAGCUAUCACGACAACCCGCCGGUUCAACCGGCAGCACCGCAGGCGCAACAAGCGCCGCCAGUUGUGCAGCCACCGCCGCCAGCACGCUCACCGACUCCGAGCGCAGCGGUGGCCGCGGAGGUUGCCCCGGCACCCGUCGUCAUCAACCAGCUGCAGAGCAAGAACAACUACAAUCCGCCCACGUGCGACAUGCUCGACACGGCCCACCUGGCCCGGUUCUUCGUGAUCAAGUCCUACUCGGAGGACGACAUCCACCGCAGCAUCAAGUACGAGAUCUGGUGCUCGACCGAACACGGCAACCAGCGGCUCGAUCAGGCGUACCGCGAGCGCGAAGAAAAGGGCGGCAUGGUCUAUCUGUUCUUCUCCGUCAACGGGUCCGGUCACUUUUGCGGGAUCGCCCAAAUGAUGACGGCCGUCGACUACAACUCGAUCUCGAGCGUUUGGUCGCAGGACAAGUGGAAGGGCACCUUCAAGGUGCGCUGGAUCUACGUCAAGGACGUCCCGAACGGCCAGCUGCGCCACGUCAAGCUGGAAAACAACGAGAACAAACCCAUCACGAACUCGCGCGACACGCAGGAGGUGCCGAACGCCAAGGGCCUGCAAGCGCUCAAGAUCAUCCACUCGUACAAGCACACGAUGUCGAUCUUUGACGACUUUAUCCACUACGAGCAGCGCCAGCUGGAGGAGGACACCAAGAAGCACGAACCGCCGGCACCGCAGUACGGCCGGGAUGGUGGAAGCGGCGGCGGUCGAUCGUACGGGGAUCGUGGUGGCAGCUACGGAAGCGGUGGCUACAACAAGUACAACGAUCGCGAUGGAGGUGGCGACGGGUACAACUCGCGCGGUUACGAAGCGCGAAGCUACCAGAGCAGCGGCUACAACAAGGGCAGUUAUGGAGGUUACAACAACCGUGGCGGCAGCCAGUACGGUGAUCGUGACCGGGGUGGCUACCAGAGCUACGAUCGUCGCAACAACAACAACAGCGGAAAUGGAAGCAACAGCGGGGACGAUCGGGACGGCAACAACUACUCGGAUCGUCACGAUGGUGGCGGUGGCGGAGGUGGAUACCAGCGAAGCUAUGGUCGGCCCAAUCGGGACUACAACUAUGGGCGGGACGAGAAUCGUGGGCGGAACGAGUUCCGCAGUGGUGACGAUGGGUACAGAUCGCGUGGACCGCCGCCUGCGGCGGUUGGUUCGGAGGGUGAGAGUGGUAAUUCGGUGGCUGCGGACAAUAAUGGCGGUGGCUAUCGGAGCGCAUCGCGUGACCAUUAUCGGGCUGGGAACUGAGGCGGAUUGGAGGUGGGUUUAGAAAUAAGCUUCUCGAUGCAUCCGUCGCUUGCAGGUCACUCCAUCACCAGCAGCCGCAGCCGCAGGACUCACAGCGGCGGUCGCCAGCAACAGCGCGUCGCAUCCACUUUUAACCACAUGAACGAUUUACUAAGCAACUGCUACUACAACAACUACUACAACUACGAUAACUUCUAUAAAAUAUGAAUACCUAUCAUUAGUGAUGAUGCUGCAGAGAAAACAAAACAACAACAGAAAAAAGGCAGAGUUACAAACGCUAGUUAGGCUAGAAGAGAAAAAGAAGGAAGAAGAUUCAUAGGGUUAAGAUUGAAAAUCGAGACGAUUGGUAGGCAACCGCGGAAGAGAUAAAUUUUGAAAAUUUAAUAUAUAUAUAAAAUAUUUAACAUAACCGUUAAGAGUGUGCUCUUUUAACAGGCAAACACAACAAUUAUGUCUUGUUGAAAUAUUAUUGAAGAAAGUAAAGUAAAGUAAAACACAGAUAUAUGCGAGAAGGUUCACCCUAAACAGAACUUCAUUUUCUACGUUAACAUAAAGUAUAAAGAAGAAAAACCUAAACAAUUGAAAGGGGAGGAAAAAAAGUGCUGCCGUUAGUUACAAUGAUGAACCUUACCCUUAAUCCAACAGACAAUUCAAAAUAUCAAUGCACCGAUUUCUACUUUUUCGUUUCUUUGUGUUUGCCAACAAAACAAGCAGCAAAAAAAAAACAGAGACAAAAAAAAAAGUGUGCGCGAUUCUCUAAAAUGGGGGACGGAAACUCGGAUCGCUCUCGGAUUUGCGCCCUGCUGGACGGGGUGUGGCCGCCGGCAGAGCGCGUCGCCGUCGUCAAGUGCUUUCGGAAGACCUACACAACAGAGUGCUGCCGCAACUGCCACAACACAACAGACAAUUACGGAAGUUACGUGGGAGUGUGUGAACAAACUUUUCCAAAGACCAACAUGUGUGCGUGUGUGUGAAACAAGCGCGUCGACUGAAAGCAGAGUAUCCUUUUUUUUAUUAAAAACAAUACUAAGAAAUGAGAAAAUGAGAAACAAAAACCAUAAAGACACAAACAAAUUGCCAAGUAUUACGUAGUUCAAGUAACUUUUUAAAAAAUGCCAUUUUCCAUUUAGUUUUUCGUACGUUUCGUUGAAUUUUUUAACCUUUACUGCGUUGUCUCUCCAGAGUUGAGGAAGAAGAAAAAGUGCGCGCGCGCGCAAAUCACACACGAAAAGACACAUUUUUUCAACUCUAAACAGUGGAACUUUAAACAAAGCGAAGAAUCAAGCUAAAAAAAAUGAACACUUUGACAAGUGGAAACCUAUUUGUGAUAUUCCAAACACACGCGCGUUCGAAUGGGAGAAAGCAAGCAAGGAAGGAAGAAAGUGCGCGAGUGAUCUGAAUCGUCGCGGAGGUUUGUGCGUGAUUGCGAUGGUCCGGUUUUAAAUCCCCCAGGAGAGGAAAGGAGAGGAGGAGGUUCCUCAAGGUCCCAAUCCACCCCGCCCAGCCACAGAAGCAGCGAAAUCAAAAGCAGCAAGUUUGACGACAGCGAUAACAUUAUCGUCAUCGUCAGCGAUCAUUUCAUCGGCGAUAAAGCAGCGUUGACGGUUUACGAAAAUUUAUCAAAAUCAAGGUUGUUAGAAAUAAAAUUAUCAAGGUUCGAUAAUCUAUCGUUGUUGACUAAAACCAAUCAAAUUGUGUUGAACAUUCAAGCUUCUUCUUAGUCAUUUUUUUUGAUAAUUUAAUAAGUUUCAAAUUCAAAAUACUAAAAAAAUCAAAAAAUACCGUAGUUUGAUACCCAUAUUGCAAAUUAUAAAAAAAAUAGUAUUUUCGAGAAAAUACGGUAUUUUGUAAAAAUUUCAGUAUUUCAUUCACAAAACUCUAAAACAGUAAAAAUACUUGCAAAAUUUUGAAUCGUUUGGUACCCAUAUUGUGAAUUAAUUUUUUUUAGUAUUUGCCAAAAAAUACGAGAUUUUGUGAAAAUUUUAGAAUUUCAAUCAAAAAACUCUAAAACAGUGAAAAUGCAUGCACCAUUUCGAAUCGUUUGAUACCCCGAAUAUUGCGAAUGAUAAAAAUAUGAGUAUUUUCGAGAAAAUACAGUAUUUUGUGAAAACUUUAGUAUUUAAUUCAAAAAACAUUUAGAAUUAUUUUCAGUUUAUUGGACUUCUUCUUCAAUUAAAAUUUUGAAAAAAAAAUUUUUUUUUGCCUUUUAUUUUUUGGACCGAUUUUGAAGGGAGCGAAAUAAACUUCAAUAAAUAUUUGCAGCGGCCUUAUGUUGUUUUGUGCUGAACCGAUGUUAAAAAUUUUCAAAAAAUUGGGCUUCGUUUGACACCCAAAUGGCAAAUUUGAGUAUUUCGAAAAAAAAUAACAUUUUACGGUACGGUACGGUAUUUUUAAAUUUCGAGUAAUUUAAACAUAAAAACCCUGCAAAUUUUGUUUUUUUUUUCCAAAAUUCUGGUAUUGAUCAAAAAAUAUCCCCUUUGGAAAAUAAUGUUAAGUUUGUAUUCGUUGCAAGUUAUGAAAAAAUGAGUUAAAAAGCGAUUGUGAAAACAGCUGCAAACGUUUAACAAUCCAGCCUUCGCUUGAAACCUUUAUUAAUAUUUAAUGAAUAAUUGUCUAUAUUUUCAGACAUUUUUUUUAUAAAAAAUAAUUUGAUGUUUCGAGUAUUUUGUGCAAAAAAAUAUGAUAAAAUCCAUGCUAAAUCCAUGGAUUCGAUUGGCUCCAAUUUUGGUAAUGAGGAAAAUGCAAAGUAUUUUAAAACAAAGGUUUUUUAGAAAAUUUCAAUAUUUAGUCAUAAUAUUUGAGUAAUUAGCAUAAAAUACGGUAUUUUGUAAAAUUAAAAAAAAAAAAAAAAAAAAAAAACAUUGAAAAUUGGUAUUUUGUGGAUUCAGCUUCGUUCUUGAGAAUCAUGCAAACUUUGGCUACCUUACAUUGAAAAUUACCUUGAUGUAUAAUAUUGUUUUACAAUAAAAUGUAAAAUAUGAUUAUUAAUCAUCACAAUUGUUAAAUUUCGAGCUCAAAAUCGGGCUUUGACUCUAAUUUUGCAAAUAUGAAUAAAAAGUAUUUAGCGCCUUUAUGAAAAUUUCCGCAUUUCGCUUCGCUUGGGGACGGUGAUUUUAGCGGAUUGCAGACUGGAUUUCGUCAUGUAUAUUUGAUGAUUUUCCUAGGAGUUGAUUUUAAACCCAAUUCCAUCUAAAUUGGAUCCUCAACACGAUUUGAAAGGAAUGUUUUUAUAUUUUAUUUUGAAAAUAGUCAUGGUAAAACCAAAUCAAGACUGAAAGUUGUUUUUACUGUUUUAUUGUAUAUUCGUUCUAAUAAUUUAAUUUAAAUUAAAUUAAAUUUCGUAAAAAAAAAUUCGAAGAAAUAACCGAGGAUCGAUGACGAUAACGAUAAUAUCAUCGUUGAUCACUAGACGAUGAAAUUAGCGGUGGUAAUUUUAUCUUUUCACAACGUUUUCAAAACAAAAACAAACUUGCUGCAGUGAACGGAGAAGUUGUGGUGGUUUCAUUUAUUACUUUUCUUUUUAACCUCGUGUUUUAAACUGCAUAUUUCAAGGUGUAACGUCGAUGAAAUAAAACAAAGAGAGACUUUCUAAAUACUUUUGUGGUAGCCUAAGAUUUAUUACGUAAAACAGUUACAAUGAAAUGAAAGAAAUGCUGACUAGUAUAAAAUAAACGCGACUAUGAGUUCAAAAUAUCCUACGGAGCAAACGUAAAAUUGAAGUACUAGAAUCACUAUCAAUGUUAGCAAAACACACCCACUCUGAAAGUUAGGGAAAAUCACAAUUUAAAAAAACAAUUACAUGAAAUCAAACGUCACUAGAGAAAAAAAAAUAAAACAAUGUAUAACACCACUCAUUACAAGUUAGAACAAAGUGUGAGAAGAAGAAGAAAAAAAAAAUAACUAAAUGGAUUUGCAAACUCGAGUUAAGCAAAAGUAGCUUUUGUGCUGACAUGAGAAUAACAAAUUUCAACUUCAUUUCAUUAAUCCUCACCGAAACAUACACAUUUUCCCCAUCGUCGUCGUCGUCGUCGUCGUCCCAAAGUAGUGUAAUUGCUGUCUAAGGGCAUCCAGCACACACACCCACAUACAAAACAUUUAAAACAAUUAGCAGCGCGACGACGCGUAACGAAAAAGUCUGUCAAACAGGAAGAAGAAAGUUAGGUGAGGCGCGAAUUAAACAAAUAAAAUAAAGAUUCGUUUGCAUUAAAGAAUACAAAACAAGCAAACGUCAAGAAAUGGUUAUAACUACUUUACGUUUAUUGUUUGAAAAAACGAAACAAGUAAAAAUACAAAUAAAAAAAAAACACGAUGAUAUCUUAUAACAAACACAACUUUAGUGAUGAUGAUAUAAUGAAAUAAAGAAACAAGAAAAAAGGACAAAAAUAACACUGAAAUACAAAAACACACUAAUAAUAAUUACAGAACUAAUUGAUAACAGAUGAAAUGAUGACGGCGAAGCAAAGUUAAAAGCGAAGCGAUGAUUGAAAUGAUUAUGAUGAUGAUGGCGAUGAAGAUGAUUAGAUUAUACUUGAGAGACAGCGAGAGAAAGAGCGAGAGAGUGUGUACAUAGGUAAGGAACACUCACCCAACACAAAUUGAUGAAUCCGACGAGGAGCAAAAGAAAUAUAAGGCAUAUUGAUAAUAAAACAAA